AUGACUAUGAAGCAGGUAGCAAUGGAUGACCAAAUGCCAUAUCUUCCAAAAGAAAUCAUUCAAAACAUUCUUGCGCGGCUUCCUGCAAGGUUCCUAAUCCGAUUUCUGUGCGUGUGCAAGCAGUGGAAAAAUCUCAUCAAGUCCCCUUCCUUCAGCUCCAACCACCUCCUCCACUCCUCUCAUCAAAAUCCGUGUCUCCUCUUCCUAAUGAGAGGCGGCGAUGAUGCUUUGAACUGGCAUUUGCUUGAUUCUGAGAUGCAAGUCCAUCGAGUUCAGAACCAUCCUUUGAUUGAUUAUUUGAAGUGUGGUUGGGUCGUUGGUUCCAGUAAUGGCCUCCUGUGCGUUAGAAUCCGUAAGGAUGGUAUGUCUCAUGACUCCCUUUUAUUGUGUAAUCCGACUAUUAGGGAGGUCAGACAGUUGCCUGGAGCUACUGAUGCUUUUCCACAUCAGAAUAUACAUGUCGGAUUUGGGUUUAGUCCAAUUGUUGAUGAUUACAAGAUAGUGAGAAUUUAUGUUGAUAUUCCGUUUGAUGAUAUGAUUGAUAAAGUGUUAGUCUAUUCAUUAAGGACAGAGUCAUGGAAGGAAAUAGAACUGGGGAUCUUAGUUGGUGUAAGUCUUAGCUCUCAUGGUUUCACAGCUAAUGGAUCUAUCUUCUGGUUUGGUUCUAAGCUGGAGCAGGAGGAUGAAAAUGGUAAUCUUGUUGGUGGAAGUGUGAUAAUUUCCUUUGACAUAUCAACGGAAGUGUUUACAUUGAUGCCAAGACCUGCUUUGACCCUUGGAUCACAUCUCAAGACGCUCACUAUGUAUGAGAAACAACUUGCAGUGCUUUGUUGUACUGCGAUUGGAAAUUCUAAAUCUUUGAUUGAUUUGUGGGUGAUGGAGGAGGGUACAGUUGCAUCAGGGCAGAGAUGCAGUUGGACUAAGAAAUAUACUAGUAGCCCGUAUCCAGGUGUCUUAUGCCCCCUGACUAUUUGGAGGAAUGAAGUUGUUUGCAGCAUUUCAACUCGACGUGAAAUGGAGAAUGAUGAACCAAACACAAUUCUGUACAAUCUUACUACUAAAGAAUUUAAAAAGUUUGCUGUUAGCAGAUGGUGUUGUGGUUAUCAUGUCUUCAAUCAUGUAGAAAGCCUUCUGCCAGUUGGAGGAAUGAAGUUAUCUGCAAUGUUUGUGUAA